UGAAAAGUUUACAAUUUCUUUAUAAAAGUCGUGCUUUUCAAAUUCACAUUAAUUAUACCAAAUAUGUAAAUAAUAUUUUUUGCUGGAAAUCUCUGACGUUGGCAGCCCCGUAGGAUUCGUCGGUAAGUAGGUUCGUCGACAACACCAACGCACUAGUUAAAGCAGUGAUAUGAAAGCUGUCAAACACUAUCAAAGUAUUUAGUUGAGUUCACUCUGCGUCAGGAGUAAAAAAUUUACAUUAAUUCCGCCAAAAACAAUAAAAUAAGUGUUUUCAUAUCAAAGCGUGAAAAUUAUUUGUUAUUAUAACAGACUGCAUAAAAAUGAGCAGCAAUAGUGGCAACAUUACGAAUGGUGGUGUUGCCCCACCUCAGGAGAAACGUGAUCUACUCGCUCUUCUGAAGUUAAUAAAGAAAUACAAUCUUAAGCAAACCGAGGAGCUCCUAUGUCGUGAGGCUAAUAUCACAAACAAGGAACUUGAGGAGGUGAAUGAUAUUGAAAUAAAUACACUAUUAACAUCAGCUCUAGGUGACGGACAAGAUCACCAAAAUGGGUUGGCGGCUAGUGGUACCGGUGGUUCGGGUAAUGAUCCGGAAAUAUACGAAACGGCAUAUGCUGAUCUGCGUAACUUUGUUGAAGAGUCCCUUGAUAUAUAUAAACAUGAGUUAUCCAUGGUAUUGUAUCCUAUAGUGGUUCAAAUAUAUUUUAAACUAAUACAAGGUGGAUUCACGGAGCCCGCUAAAAAAUUUGUCGAAAAAUAUGGACCGGACUUAGAUCAUUACUACCGUGAAGAUUUACAAAAUCUACUAAUGAUAACAAAAAGGUCUGAUUUGGAAAAUAACGACUUUGUGUCUGCUAUGGAGCAAGACAAAUUCGUUAUACGCAUGUCGCGCGAUUCUCAUUCCUUGUUCAAACGACAUAUACAAGAUCGUAAACAAGAGGUGAUAGCAGAUAUAGUUGCCAAAUAUUUGCAUUUCGACACGUAUGAGGGAACUGCUCGCAGUAAAGCUCAAUGCGAUGUAAGUUCUGGGUCACUGAUUGGUGAGGCAAAACGUCAGGAUAAUAAAAUUCGGGUUUACUAUGGUCUCUUAAAAGAAGUGGAUUAUCAAACGUUAACUACUCCUGCACCUGCAUUGGUGGAGGAGGAGGACGACAAUGAUCCAGAUGCACCAGAUAAGCCAAAGAAGAAAAAACCUAAGAAAGAUCCGCUUUUUUCAAAAAAGUCCAAAUCGGAUCCUAAUGCACCUGCCAGCGAUCGUAUACCGCUUCCCGAAAUGAAAGAUGCUGACAAAAUGGAAAAGGUAAAAGCUUUAAGAGAAUCUUCUAAACGUGUACCAUUGAAUAAGGAUUCAUUACCGUCAGUAUGUUUCUAUACAAUACUGAACUCACAUAACACCGUCACUUGCGCUGAAGUUUCGGAAGACUCCACAAUGAUGGCAGUUGGUUUUACGGACUCCAGCAUUAAAGUAUGGUCACUUACGCCAGCGAAAUUGCGUGAAAUGAAAAGUGCCGAAUUGCUCAAAGACAUCGACAAAGAUGCCGAGGACAUUAACACACGCAUGAUGGAUGAUCGUACAGGAGAAUCGUCACGCACGUUCUAUGGACACAGCGGACCUGUUUACCGUUGUGCUUUUGCACCAGAAAAGAAUCUUUUGCUUUCCUGCUCCGAAGAUACCACCUUACGAUUAUGGUCGUUUCACACGUGGACGUGUAUAGUGGUAUACAAAGGUCAUCUAUUUCCCGUAUGGGAUGUACGCUUUUCUCCUCAUGGUUAUUAUUUCGCUUCAUGUUCAUAUGAUAAAACUGCACGCCUUUGGACGACGGACUCAAAUCAACCACUACGAAUAUUUUGUGGUCAUUUGUCUGACGUUGAUUGUGUUCAAUUUCAUCCGAAUUCCAAUUACAUUGCCAGCGGGUCAAGCGACCGAACAGUGAGAUUGUGGGACGUAUUGAACGGACAGUUGGUGCGUCAAAUGUGCGGCCACAAAGGACCGAUUUAUUCGCUGGCAUUCUCUACAUGUGGUAGAUAUUUAGCUUCUGGCUCAUCAGAUCACACCGUACUUAUAUGGGAUCUCUCACAUGGACAACUUGUUACAUCGUUGCUGCGACAUACUGGUUCUAUACACACCAUGUCCUUCAGUCGAGAUGGCAACAUUCUCGCUGUCGGCGGACUUGAUUGUAUACUGACUUUGUGGGAUUUCUCAAAACUCACAGAAGAAUAUUUAGCACAAAGCGGCGGAUCUUCACACAAUCCCGAUCUUAAUGAUAGUGAAACAUAUUUACUGCGUUCUUAUCCUACAAAAUCCACACCUUUUCUGGCAUUGCAUUUCACACGUCGCAAUUUGCUACUGGCAGUGGGAAUGUUCAAGCCGUCCUAAGACCAGCAGUGAAAUGCUAUUUUAGUGCAAAUAAAAGUAGUUUAAGGUAUUCAAAAUAUUAUGUAAAUGUAAUUAAUAUAUUAAGUAUUCUUUUCAACGUGUAAUAAACUGAAACUAAUUUUUUUUUAAAACAAA